CCCUCUUUUUUCUUUUCGUCACCUUCUUUGGCGCUUCACUGUCUCUGAUAGUCAAUAAAAGCUCAAUAAAAAUCCUUAAAAUCCCAAUCACGCCAUUCUCUUACAGUCAAACUUCAGCUCUGAGGGGCUUUGAAUUGUUUUCUCUGUCCUCUCAGCUCAGCCAUGGCUUCUCCUCUUGAAGGUGAGAUAGAGAUAGAGAAAGAUUUGGGCAGUCCAACAGCAAAUCAAAAUCCUUUAGGUGAGCCAUCACCAACCCCAUCUCCAUCCUCAGCAACAGCACCUGCUCUGGUGCUUUCGAAUUCGGGGAAGAGGAUCGACCAAGCGGGGAAGAAGAAAUAUGUGAAGCAGGUGACGGGCAGGCACAAUGACACCGAGCUUCAUUUGGCGGCUCAAAAGGGCGAUCUUGUGGCGGUGAAGCAAAUACUCGAUGAUAUCGAUUCUCAAAUGGUUGGGACGCUGAGUGGAGAUGAGUUUGACAAUGAGGUUGCUGAGAUCAGGGCGUCGGUAGUGAAUGAGGUGAACGAGUUGGGCGAGACAGCAUUGUUCACCGCGGCUGAUAAGGGGCAUCUUGAGGUGGUGAAAGAAUUGUUGAAGUAUUCGAAUAAAGAAACUCUUACUAAGAAGAAUCGAUCAUUGUUUGAUCCUCUGCACGUUGCUGCAAGCCAGGGACAUCACGGCAUUGUGCAAGUGCUAUUGGACCAUGAUCCCGAGCUAAGUAAAACACUUGGCCCUUCAAAUGCCACUCCUCUUAUAACAGCAGCAUCGAGAGGGCAUACGGCUGUGGUCAAUGAAUUGCUCGCUAAGGAUUGCACCUUAGUUGAGAUUUCGAGAUCCAAUGGGAAAAAUGCGUUGCAUUUAGCUGCUAGACAAGGGCACGUAGACAUUGUCAAGGCACUGCUUGACAAAGAUCCACAAUUGGCACGGAGGACAGACAAGAAAGGGCAGACAGCAUUGCAUAUGGCCGUGAAAGGGGUCAACUGCGAGGUGGUGAAGUUACUUCUCGAUGCUGACGCAGCUAUCGUUAUGCUGCCGGACAAGAACGGCAAUACAGCAUUACACGUAGCCACCAGGAAAAAACGUGUGGAGAUAGUGAAUGAGUUGCUUCGCUUGCCUGACAUGAAUGUCAAUGCGCUGACCCGAGAUCAUAAAACAGCUCUUGACAUUGCUGAAGAUCUUGCCCUCUCUGAAGAGUCCUCGGAAAUAAAGGGGUGCCUAUGUCGUUACGGCGCUCUUAGGGCAAACGAACUGAACCAACCAAGAGAUGAGUUAAGGAAAACCGUGACUCAAAUCAAGAAAGAUAUACAUACCCAGCUGGAACAAACUAAGAGGACAAACAAAAAUGUUCACGGCAUUGCUAAAGAACUUAGGAAACUUCACCGAGAAGGGAUCAACAAUGCCACGAAUUCUGUGACUGUGGUUGCUGUGCUUUUUGCGACAGUUGCCUUUGCAGCUAUAUUUACUGUUCCGGGUGGAGAUGAUAAUGACGGGGUGGCGGUGGUUGUGAGCCAUGCAUCCUUUAAGAUUUUCUUCAUCUUCAACGCCAUUGCACUCUUUACAUCCCUUGCUGUUGUCGUAGUUCAAAUUACAUUGGUUAGAGGUGAGACGAAGGCAGAAAGAAGAGUGGUAGAGGUAAUUAACAAGUUGAUGUGGUUGGCUUCUGUGUGUACUUCGGUGGCAUUUAUUGCGUCCUCUUAUAUAGUGGUUGGUCGGAAAUACGAGUGGGCUGCAAUACUGGUUACACUCGUGGGAGGGAUAAUAAUGGCCGGGGUUCUCGGAACCAUGACUUACUAUGUGGUGAAAUCAAGGAGAAACAGAUCAAUGAGAAAACGGGAGAAGCAUAGGAGUGUCUCCAACUCGUGGAUGCACUCCGAGUUCUCUAACUCUGACAUUGAGAGGAUUUAUGCCCUAUGAACUGCUGCAAGGCACAUCGGGAGAGGAGAUUUGAGGAUAACAGUUGGAAGUAAAACGAUUAAGCUGGAUGUGGGAACGCUAACGUUGUUGCUAUCUUAGCUACUAUCAUAGAAGACACGAUUGGGGAGCGUUCUUCCUAUUUGGAGGAGUCGAGAAAA